AUGAAGCCCCAACCCUUACCUGAACAGUUCUAUACCUACUACCACCUCUUUAUUACUAAAAGUGCUUCACUGCAGACAGAAAGGGUCCCCAGAAGUAGUGUCUUGGACAGAAUGCAAAGUUUCCUUCCACAAAUCGCCCAAGCCAAUGAGUCUCUAAGACAACAGAUGGACGAGGCUCCUGCUGGUUUCUUUAACAUUGAGAGUGUGGAGGAUGCAGAGAAAAUCAUUGAGAUGGACGUGGCUCUGGUUGAACUGGAGGAUUCAGACAGCAGUGAAGAGGAUGAGUCGUCGUCAUCAUCAUCAUCAUCAGAGGAAGACAGCUCAGAGGACGAGGUGCAAACUGUCACUGCAAAGACACUCAAACUUCCAGGUGACAGAAAGAGAAAGGCCAACAUCCAGGUGAUAGAGAAAAAGUGCGAGUGAGAGAACACAUACUGCCAACUGGAACUCUGGGAGAGCGCUGGACUCACGCCAGGCCAUUUCUGUGCCUAUUAAAGAAAUAUAUAACCCUUCCAAGUUUGUUGUUGUUUGGAAUGAGCACAGACCAGUGAUUUUAUUUCCUGGUGAGCUAGUAGACUGACAUUUCAUGUUCUUUGGAGAUAUUUUUAUCCAAAAGGUGAGUGAUUAAAGGAGUAGUUCACCAAAAAAUGAAAAUUUGCUGAAAAUGUACUCAUCCUCAAGCCAUCCAUGAUGUAGAUGAGUUUGUUUCAUCAUCGUAACAGAUUUAGAGAAAUGUAGCAGUACAUAACUUGCUCCCCAAUAAAUGCAACGUCUAAAUGAUGGAUUUGUUUCUUACAAACAUGCAACUUUUCGCUUCACAAGACAUUG